AUGGGAGGUGCGCAGAGCAGAGAAGGGCUCGAACUUUCCGACUCGGAGUAUGAGGACGAUGAUAACGAAGAAGAAAGCGAAGAGCAGUACGAAGACGCUGCCGAGGAUCGUACCCCGACCAAGUCUUCUUCUAAUGUACCGGCGAAAGCCCUAGAUGAAGUCGAAUCGAGGCUCAAAUCUCUAAAGCUCAAGUACGGUUCUUCUUCGAGCCAGUCUCCGGUUCCUAAGAACGCCGUUAAGCUUUACCUCCACGUCGGCGGGAAUACGCCUAAAGCCAAAUGGGUAAUUUCCGAGAAGCUUACUACUUACAAGUUUAUUAAGAGUGCGAGGUUUGGCAGUGGUGUUUUUCAGGAGGAUGAUUCUGAGGAAGACGAAUCCGGCGGUGAGGGGGUUUGGGUUUUGAGGAUAGGAAAGAAAAUUAGGGCUAAGGUUUCGACGGAUUUGCAAAUGAAGUUUUUUGGUGAGCAGAGGAGGGUUGAUUUUGUGGAUUCUGGUGUUUGGGCUUUGAAAUUUCUGGUUGACGAGGAGUAUAGAGCUUUUGUGACUAGGUUUCAGGACUGUUUGUUCGAAAAUGUUUAUGGAUUGAGGGCGACAGACGAGAAUAAGCUCAAGGUUUAUGGGAAGGAGUUCAUUGGAUGGGUUAAGCCGGAGGAUUCUGAUGAUGCCAUGUGGGAGGACGCUGAUGAAGGUGUCUGGAAAAAAGCAGAGGACAGUCCAGCGGUUGCCAGGGAAAGUCAGGACUUGUUGGAGGAAUUUGAGGAAGCUGCUUCUGAUGGUGGCAUACAGAGCUUGGCUUUGGGAGCCAUGGAUAAUAGUUUUCUGGUGGGUGAUUCUGGGGUUCAGGUGGUUAAGAAUUUUAGCCAUGGAAUUCAUGGAAAAGGUGUUUACGUCAAGUAUGAUAGCGCUGGGAAGAAGGGGAGUUCGAGUGCGGGGGUUUCAACUCCUAAAAAGGCCCUUCUCAUGAGGGGUGAAACUAAUAUGUUACUCAUGAGUCCUUUGAAGGAGGGGAAGCCUCAUUCCACUGGGCUUCAUCAGCUGGAUAUUGAGACUGGAAAGAUUGUGACGGAGUGGAAAUUUGGAAAGGAUGGGGCUGAUCUCACAAUGAGAGAUAUAACUAACGAUUCUAAAGGAUCACAAUUGGAUCCUUCUGAAUCAACAUUCUUGGGAUUGGAUGAUAAUCACUUGUGUCAAUGGGAUAUGCGUGAUAGAAAAGGAAUGGUUCAGAGCAUAGCAGGUGAUUCACCGGUAUUGCACUGGUCUCAAGGACAUCAAUUUUCCAGAGGAACAAAUUUCCAGUGCUUUGCAACUACUGGUGAUGGUUCCAUUGUUGUUGGAUCACUGGAUGGAAAGAUACGCUUAUAUUCAAGGACUUCUAUGAGGAUGGCUAAGACUGCCUUCCCUGGGCUUGGGUCACCCAUAACACAUGUUGAUGUCACAUAUGAUGGAAAGUGGGUACUUGGCACCACAGAUACAUAUUUGAUCUUGAUUUGCACUUUGUUCACUGAUAAGGAUGGGAAGACAAAAACCGCUUUUAGUGGCCGUGCUGGGAACAAAAUUCCAGCUCCUAGGUUAUUGAAGUUGACUCCGGUGGAUUCACACAUGGCUGGACAGAGCAAUAAGUUUCAUAAUGGACGUUUCUCAUGGGUUACUGAAAGUGGGAAGCAGGAACGCCAUCUGGUUGCUACUGUUGGCAAAUUUAGCGUUAUUUGGAAUUUUCAGCAGGUGAAGAACAGUGCACAUCAUUGCUACCAGAAUCAACAAGGGCUUAAGAGCUGCUAUUGCUACAAGAUAGUAUUGAAGGAUGAGUCCAUCGUGGAAAGUCGAUUUAUGCAUGACAACUUUGCUGUUAGCAACUCUCCAGAAGCUCCCCUGGUCGUGGCCACACCGAUGAAAGUUACUUCCUUUAGCAUGCCUAGAAAGCGAUGA